GUGCACUGUUGAUGUCGUUUUUUUUUUUUGGUGUAAAAUCGACGACAACGUCGAGGAGAGGAGAGAAAAAAAAAAUAAUGGCGUCUUGUUGGGAUAGUGAAAAAUUUCGUGUUGACGAUAAAACAAACGAAAAUGAAGAUGUUUUUGAAAAUAUUCUAGUGAGUCACGAUCUGCAGGAUUAUUUUGACGAUAGUCUUGAUAUUCCAAGUUUUGCCAAAGUUUACGAGCCAUCCGCCAUUUUUGACUAUGAAAAAAAUUCUGACGAAGAAUCGUCGUCUUACAUUGGAAGAUUGCCCGAUGACAGCACGGGAUAUAUUCAUCACACUAUUAGUACCGAUGAUAUUUAUUUGCGAAUACAUCCGGGACAAAAUGAUUCAAUGCCUGAAGAUCCCUCUCAUGCUGUUAUCACAAUCGAAAGCACGGAUCCGGACACAAAUCAAAAACAUAUCAGUCGUUAUAAUUGCGAAUACGAUGGCUGUUCGCGAACCUACAGUACUGUGGGAAAUUUGCGAACCCACAUGAAAACCCAUAAAGGCGAAUAUCGAUUUAAAUGCUCAGAACCAAGUUGCGGCAAGGCAUUUCUAACGUCCUACAGUCUUAAGAUUCACAUUCGUGUACACACAAAAGUAAAACCAUUUGAAUGUAAUCACAACGGGUGUGAGAAGGCAUUCAAUACCCUUUACAGAUUGAGGGCUCACCAAAGGCUUCACAGCGGUGACACAUUCAAGUGUGAAGAAAUUGGAUGCGUUAAGUUCUUCACUACACUAAGCGAUCUCAAGAAACACAUUCGCACUCACACGCAAGAACGACCAUACAAGUGUCGGGAGAAAAGUUGUGGGAAAGCAUUUACAGCCUCACAUCAUUUGAAAACACAUAAACGAACACAUACUGGUGAAAAGCCUUAUGUUUGCAGUUUUGAGAGUUGUAGACGUUCAUUUACGACGCCUCACAGUCUUAAAAGUCAUUUAAAAACGCACAAGAAAGCUGAGAACGCUGAGGGAAUUAAAACCAAAGAAACUCAAGAGCCAGAGACUGUACAAAUUCAAGAACCACCGGAAUUUACGACAUUUUAUUCCGUUAUACCAUUAAUUAAUUCAGAAAAUGAAAAUCCUUCUAUUAUCAGCAUUAGCGAAAAUGCUGAAACUUUCAAUAAUAUAAAUUUCAUUGCCACCAAUUCUACAACACCAACAACAACAAUAACAACAACCCAAAGAACAAAUUCACCAAUAACAACACUUUUAUACGACAAUUGUCUGGAUAAUUUUUCUGAAACAGUAAAUCAAGAUUUUAAUAAACUCUUCCCAGAAAUGUCUGAUGAAAAUCUUAUUAAAUUACCAGAACCACAGGAUUCAUUGAUACUCAUCAGUUCUAUUAAUAAUUCCAAUGAUGUAGCUUCCAAUCAUCAUCAAACAAAAACACUUAGUCUUCAGGAGAAAAUAAUGCAAAAUGGUUUACAAAAUACAAUAGUUGAAAUGACACAAAAUUCAUCAUCAUCAUCAUUUUUGGAGAAUACAACAUUGUCACAGGAACAAGAAGUCUUUGAAAAUCUCAGUUUUAUUCAUCAGGAAGAGGAAUCAAAUAAUCCAAUAAAUGAACAAGAAGCAGUUGAAUUGGCAAUUGCCUCAGAAGAAGAAAUUCCAUCGCCAUGGAUUGAUGUAAUGACAAUGACAGCUGAACCAGCAUUAAGAACCGAAGAAUCAUGGCCUGAAUUAAAUGCCUUUCCAACUGCUGUUCAUUCGCUUGUUGAUCUUGUUGGUCCUGAACCAUAUCCAUUGGAAUUGGAGACAGAACGCAAUGUUAAUCAAACACUUAUGGAUAAUGUUAAUAUUGUCAUUAACGAAGCGCCUAGUGAACAAAUUAUCCUUAAUUCAACAAGUGUUUGUAAUUCAACGAAUCAAUCAAAUAUUUCAAUGGAAACAUUUCCAAUAAAGGAAUUAACGAAUCAUAGGAGAAAUAUACUUGAGAAAAUAACAGCCGAUGCUGAUAUUUGCCAUUGUGAAAAUUGUGAUUGUUCAGAGACAAAAAAUUGUCACAAUUGUUUAUCUACGUCAUUAGCGUCAACAACAUUGUCUUCAUCAUCAUCAUUAUCAUCGUCAGUAGAAAAUUUUGAUAAUCCCAGUGAAUUAUUACCAAAUCUUGUUGGUAAAUGUCCUAGUGAUCAGACGAAAAAUUGUGAUUCAUCGUGUGCUGUUGUUAUUUGUGUUAAAACCCUACAACAAUUACAAACGGUUUUAAAUACAUGCUGUAAAGUGACGAGUAAUUGUGCCGUUGCAUGUACAAGAGGGGAAUUAUUUUCCGGUCAUAAUAUGACAUUAUUGACAACACAAUUAGCUGGGAAUCAUUAAUUUUU